ACAAUAAACUAGCUGAAGUCUGGAGUAAAAGGUUCAUGAAGAAUGGAAACUGCCAUUUUCUGGAGAGAGAUUUGGACACCGUAUGGAAUACUCAGAAUAUCAUGCUUCUGGAUUUGGCUAUUCUGAGGCUAAAUUGAUAUACCACCUAGCACAGCAUCUCACUGGAUGAACAUAGCAUUUCCUAAAGAAAUAUGAGCCUAACAGGAAGGUGUUAUUGACUCUGCAUUAAAUUUCAACUUGUCCCCUGAACAGCCUCAGGAUUUGGAAGCUGAAUCAAUGUUAUCAGAUGAGUUAGAAUCCAAACCAGAGCUCCUGGUACAGUUUGUUCAGAAUACCUCUAUCCCACUGGGACAAGGGCUAGUGGAAUCAGAAGCUAAAGACAUUACUUGCUUGUCCCUCCUUCCAGUGACUGAGGCUUCAGAAUGCAGCCGGCUAAUGUUACCAGAUGAUACUUCAAAUCAUACUAACUCUUCCAAAGAGGUCCCUUCCUCAGCUGUGUUGAGAAGCCUUCAGGUGAAUGUGGGCCCAGACGGAGAGGAGACCAGGGCUCAGACUGUACAGAAGUCCCCGGAGUUUUUGUCGACUCAGGAGUCUCCUAACUUGUUGCAAGAUCUACAGCCAAGCGAUAGCACCUCUUUUAUUCUACUUAACCUCACCAGAGCAGGUCUGGGCUCUUCAGCUGAGCACUUAGUAUUUGUACAAGAUGAGGCAGAGGAUUCAGGAAAUGAUUUCCUCUCCAGUGAAAGCUCAGACAGCAGCAUUCCAUGGUUCCUCCGGGUUCAAGAGUUGGCCCAUGACAGUUUGAUAGCUGCCACUCGUGCACAGCUCGCGAAGAGUGCAAAAACCAACAGCAAUGGGGAAAUUGUCCACCUUGGUUCUGGUGAAGGGCAACCCAAAGACUCGGGGCCCCUCCCUCCAGUGGAGAAGAAGCUCAAGUGCACAGUGGAAGGCUGUGACCGGACCUUUGUGUGGCCAGCUCACUUCAAGUACCACCUCAAAACUCACCGAAAUGACCGCUCCUUCAUCUGCCCUGCAGAAGGUUGUGGGAAAAGCUUCUAUGUGCUACAGAGGCUGAAGGUGCACAUGAGGACCCACAAUGGGGAGAAGCCCUUUAUGUGCCCUGAGGCCAGCUGUGGUAAGCAGUUUACUACAGCUGGAAACCUGAAGAACCACCUACGCAUCCACACAGGAGAGAAACCGUUCCUCUGUGAAGCCCAAGGGUGUGGCCGUUCCUUUGCUGAGUACUCUAGUCUCCGCAAACAUCUGGUGGUUCACUCAGGAGAGAAGCCUCAUCAAUGCCAAGUGUGCGGGAAGACCUUCUCUCAGAGUGGGAGCAGGAAUGUGCACAUGAGAAAGCAUCACCUACAGAUGGGAGCCGCGGGGAGUCAGGAACAGGAGCAAACCGCGGAGCCACUGAUGGGCAGCAGUUUGCUUGAAGAGGCCUCAGUUCCCAGUAAAAACCUGGUGUCUAUGAAUUCCCAGCCCAGCCUUGGUGGAGAGCCCUUGAACCUACCAAAUACCAGUUCUAUUCUGGGAGUUGAUGAUGAGGUGCUUGCUGAAGGAUCCCCACAGCCCCUGUCUUCAGUGCCUGAUGUGACCCAUCACUUGGUGACCAUGCCAUCAGGGAGGCAGUCAUAUGAGGUUUCUGUCCUCACUGCAGUAAAUCCACAGGAGUUACUAAACCAAGGAGAUUUAACUGAAAGACGGACAUGAGUGUGGGCGCUGAUUCCGGAAGAGCAACUCUGUCUGGUCCCAGAGAGCUCACAGUGGGAAUAGGAUGCUGACGGAUCAUGGACUGCCAGAACCAAAAUGUAUCUGUGAAGGACAGAAGUCCGCUUUUGCCUCUGUUCGUCUUCCUUGGCACACAGGACGAAUGUCAGAAGGCUUCUCGUCAAACUGCCAUCUGCCCCAGCGAAGGAACGAAGCAGUGGGUCUCCAUCUUUGACUAACUAUACCCGCCUCUUGUCUCACUGCGAAAUUUUGUGAUGGACUUCUCCCAAAAGUGAAUUUGGUUAGGCCUUGGCUCAAAUUUCUGACUGGUGAGGGGAAAUUUUCCUUUGAUUGAAGCCUCAACUGUCUUUUCAAAUGGAGCAACUAAAGUCUUGCUGCUGCAAACCAUAAACUUCCAGGAAGAUGAGCUUUCAAGAUGCCUUGUUGCUUUGGAGAAGGGAGUCAAGGUGUGACGUUCUCCCUUUAGCAACCUGAGUACAAGACUCUCUGCCACUGGGCUGCAAACAAAGGAAUUACUUGAAUCCUCCCUUGGCCCAGGGCCAGGGUUUCUCUUUUGACCUCUACACCCGGACUAGGUCACUUUGCUUUCCUUCGGUUAUGGAGUAUAGUAAGUAGCAUGUUCAGACAUUUUGUUAUGCUUUGUUUUAAUUUAAAAUGAUUAAGAAGCUUCGAUUGUUUUCCCUUUAAAUAAACAAAACAGCCCAGUCA